AUGGAUAUUAUGGAUAAUCAUAAACUAAUCGUGCCGUUAAAAGCAUGUGAAACUAAAAUUAUUUACUAUGUAAAGAACGAAGAACUAUACGACAUUAUGUAUGAAGCUCAUAUAAAAAUUGUUUAUAUGUUCAAUGCCAAACCAAACAAAAAGUUCCGAAAAAAAGGUAUUCUAAUCAAACCUAUUAUAAGUCGUGAAAUUAAUUCUCGGUGUCAAGUAGACUUGGAUCACCUAACCAAAUUUACUCAAUUAAGACCUCUAAAAUCUAAAACUGCAGAAGAAGAUGCACAUCACUUAUUAAAUAUAUUUCUUAUUUUCGGUGCGCCAAAUAUUUUACAUUCCGACAAUGGACGAGAGUUCGUAAAUAAAGUUAUAUCAGAGCUGUGUUCAAUGUGGGAUGGUGUAAAUAUUGUGCAUGGUAAACCACGCCACAGCCAAAAACAAGGAUCCAUCGAAAGGGCAAACCAAGAUUUCCAAAAUAUACUGAGAGCUAUGAUGAAAGAUAAUGACACUACAAAAUAG